AUGGAUUAUUUCAAAUACUGUCCAUGGGAUGGAUAUCGCUUCUCAGAAAAUGAUGUUCAAUGUUUCAUAUGCAGACGACCCAAGUAUUAGCUGACUUCUUACAUCCAGGAAGAAUAAGAACAGAAGAAAUGGGAAAAAAUAUUGUAUGAAAAACAACCUUAUGAUGACAAUUAUAUUGAUGAAACAUUUCUUUAAAGCGUAUAAAAACAAGACAACACUAACAAUGGACCUGAUUACAAACAACUCAUCAGCAAGACCUCAGAUUUAAUUUUUGCAGUCAAUUGUGUUGUAUUCUAUCUUUUAAGUUAUUUCUUAAUGCUACAUGAUAUGGUCAAUGAUUAGUUAUAACUAUACUUUUGGCUAGUCACUGCAAUCACUUGUUUGAUCAUGUUUUCUGUAGUCAAGAAAAUGAAGACCUUGGAAAUAUUAAGCAAUUUUAAGAGCAUUGGAAUCUAUAUAUCUAUUUUGUUACUGUUUGCACCUGUGAUGUAAACAGUCAAUCAGACCUAUGCCGAUAAUACUAUCUAUGUGCUUACAAGUGUGGCAAUCCUAAUCUACAUAUUCUUAAAGGAUUAUGAUUACGAAAAGGAUUUCACAGAGUUGGAUGUCUCAUAAUGGGCAUCAUUGGUGUUUUCCAGUUUGUUGGCCUCGAGAUUGCACAAUGAACUCUAAGUAUUUUUGAUGAUAUUUGCAUCCAACCUCUUGUUCAUCUUUGUACCCAUACUCCAGAGAAGCAUUAAAUAAAAAUACAACUCUGUAUUCAGAGUCAUCAACUUGAUUUCCACCAUUGGAUUGGGAUUGUCAUUACUAUUUUUUUCAUAUUUCUUAGCUCUUCUAUUUUUUGGAUGUGUCUUCUUCAUUACUUUUGUUUCCCCUCUGCAAAUCAUAUGGUUAUAUUAAUACAAGAAUACUAUUCGUGGCCCAUGGGAUUUACCAAAUGUUAAAUAAUAUGAUUGA